UCCGCCCCGCCCGCGAGCGGCGCAGCCGGCCGGCGGCAAGAUGGCGGCGCUGGCGGCCCCGGGCGCUCUGCGGAGCCUCUGCGGCGUCGCGCUCCUCCUGCCCCAGCUGUUCUUCCUCUCCGGCCGCGCAGGGUCUUUGAUGACCACAAAGCAUUCACAGCCAUUGUCUACAUUUGCAAAAAGUCUAACAACAAGUACAAACGCUCCUUAUUUCAAAGCAGCAGAAAGUACAGAAAUUCCAUCUUAUGUGACUAAAUGUCCUAGCAACGGGCUUUGCAGUAGAUUGCCACCAGACUGUAUGACAUGUAACACAAACUAUUCCUGUGUUUAUGGGAAGCCAGCCACUUUUGAUUGCAAAGUCAAGCCACAUGUUCAUUGUGUUGAUGAGAAUAACCAGGAGCAGGAGAACUUUACGGUUAACAUGACUUGCCAGUUCUGCUGGCAGCUUCCAACAACAGAUUAUGUAUGCACCAAUUCUACUAACUGCAUGACGGUUUCUUGUCCGCGACAGCGAUAUAAUGCCACUUGCACGGUUCGGGAUCAUAUUCACUGUCUAGGUAAUCGUGUCUUCCCUAAGAUGCUCUAUUGCAACUGGACUGGAGGUUAUAAGUGGUCCACGGCCUUGGCACUAAGCAUCACCCUUGGUGGAUUUGGUGCCGAUCGUUUCUAUUUGGGCCAGUGGCGGGAAGGUCUGGGAAAACUCUUCAGCUUUGGUGGACUUGGAAUAUGGACGCUAAUUGAUGUGCUCCUAAUAGGGGUUGGCUAUGUGGGACCUGCAGACGGUUCUCUUUAUAUUUAAAUGUAGGUGCAACGUGUUUCAGAGAGGAGUAAUUGCUUGGAAAGGGCUCUAAAUAAAAGAAUAUAGAGAUCUGAGCCUCUAAGGUAGGAUGAAGAACAGCUGUUCUUUGUGUGCAUACAUUUUAAUGUACAGUAUCUGUACUUGGUUUGCCUUUGACUAAGGUUAAAUAAAAGUGGAUCACUGAAUAAGUUGAAAUUAAUUUCCUUUCUUCUGUGGACGUGCUAUUUUUCUAUGAAAAAAAGCUGAGCAGCGAACCGGAUUCUGCACCGUGCUUGAACCUGGAUGAUCCGUCCGGCACUGAAAGAGAUGCAAACGAACUGGAACAUGGAGUUGUUUACUUCAUAUUAGUAUGCUUGAAUUUAACUUUAAAGCUAACUUCCCUAAAUAUGGCAGCAAUAUAUGGGGUUUGUGUGUGAGUGAGGAUAACUUUUUCGCUUGAAUUACCCCAGGGGUAUGUAGAUUGCUGUGGUUUAUGAGGUUAAUUACAUUCAUCUCUGUCUUGGAUUAUAGCCAGAGCAGAAGUUAGUGACUUGUUGACUUAAAAUUGUGGGGUU